CCUGGACGAACAACAGCCUCAUUCUCUGCUCCACUGCUGACCUCAUUGUCUCUUUGUGAAGGGAAAAUCCAGAGUUGCAUUCUGUUAAAUGGUGCAUCCACUGCGAGAGGGACACAGCUCUCUACCUCCAGCUCAGGCCUGCAGAUGAGCACGGACACCGCUGCCUUUUCCUCAGGACUGUACGACGGGAAAACAUGAGUUUUGAUGGAGACACAUUAUCAGUGAUUGAGAACCCGGCAGCUGUCAGCCAUCCCUUCCAUUCAGAGAAAGCUGCAGGAGUGACGGAGCCCAAGGGAGUGCAGGGCUGGUUGAAAGGGAUUCACCCGACGACUCACGCUCAGAGGCUAGUGAGGCUGCUGGCGGCAGUGUGUGCUGUCGGACUCUUGGGAGGCUUGGCUGUAGGUGUCUGGUUUCUUGUCAAACUUCUGCUGAAGCCUUCCUACUCCCAAAGUCCAGUGGGACUUGGGGACACAAAGGAGACGUCUUUCUGCAACGUAACAGAAGAUAUUUCUAUCUCUGACCCCAGGAAAGUGUUUUACAGAAUCAGCCCGGAGAACUCCCUGCUGGAGAUCCAGCUGGGGAAGCUGCCCACCUGGCUGCCAGUGUGCUACGAGAGGUGGAACUCUUCACUGGGAACGCUGGUCUGCAGACAGCUCGGCUAUUUGAGACUGACCAAGCAUAAAGGAGUGAAUCUAACUGAUAUCGGGCCAAACUUUACUGAUGGCUUUAUACAAAUUACCUCGGAGCACAAGAGCAAUCUGGAAAAUAUGUGGGAAUUCAGGGGGAACUGCAUCACAGGGAAGGUUAUCGCUUUGCAAUGUUUCGAGUGUGGGACAAGAGCGAAACUGCCCAGGAUAAUCGGGGGGGUCGAGGCCACGCUGGGCAGGUGGCCCUGGCAGGUCAGCCUCUACUACAGCAACCGUCACACCUGCGGAGGCUCCAUCAUCACCAGUCAAUGGGUAGUCACAGCUGCCCAUUGUGUGCACAACUACAGGCUACCUCAGGUGUCCAGUUGGGUGGUCUACGCUGGUAUUGUCACCCGCAGCUCUGCGAAAAUGGCUCAGCACACAGGAUAUGCGGUGGAGAAGAUCAUUUACAACAAGAACUAUAACCACAGGAGCCACGACAGUGAUAUAGCACUUAUGAAACUGCGGACACCUUUAAAUUUCUCAGAUACAAUUAGGCCCAUCUGCUUGCCUCAGUACGACUAUGAUCUUCCAGGAGGAACACAGUGCUGGAUCUCUGGAUGGGGAUACACACAGCCUGACGGUGUUCACUCACCUGACACCCUGAAAGAGGCGCCUGUUCCCAUAAUAAGCACAAAGAACUGCAACAGCUCCUGCAUGUACAAUGGAGAGAUCACACCACGGAUGCUUUGUGCAGGAUACACAGAGGGAAAAGUGGAUGCAUGCCAGGGGGACAGUGGGGGUCCUCUGGUUUGCCAGGAUGAAAAUGUAUGGAGGCUGGUAGGGGUCGUCAGCUGGGGGACAGGCUGUGCUGAGCCCAACCAUCCAGGGGUUUACACCAACGUUGCUGAAUUCUUGGGCUGGAUCUACGACAUGAUUGAGACUUACUGAGGGCUGAGGGAGGGUCAGAAAGAAGAAGCAAAGGAUGCUGUUGAUGUUUGAGACAUUUGAAAAACAGAGUUGAUAUUUUUACUUUAAAUGUCCGUUGUAUUAUGUACACAUUAAGACAAUCAAAAGACAUUAUGCAUAU